AUGGACAAAGAUGAAAGUCCGGGGGAAGCUCUACAGGCUACAGGCAGUGAGAAAGAUAAUGGCAUGGAUCCGCCUGGUAACUCGGCGCCAACUAGAUGGGAACCCCCCCGUACAUCCAAUAUGGCCCCCAAUCAGAACCAGAGGCGAAACGCAGCACAGCUGGAAAAAGAACCGCACUUCGCAGGAGCCAGAAUUUACGCUCCCACACUGCAGAGCAAGACCAACAGGAGCGCCCGACCCGCUUGUCUCUCAGCAACCCCAACACUCCUCACCCAGCAAAGCACAAGAACCCACGGGACCAGCCGUGACGCCAGCGAGGAGGCAGCGGAUCGGCUUGCCGGAGGAAGCAGCGGACAGGGUCAUACACAGCUGGAGGAGCCCGGUGUCAUGUAUGCCGCCAUUAAAAAGCCCAAGAAAAAUGAAGUUCCUACACAACAUGAAACGUCCGAUCUGUUAUACACAGAUAUUAAAAAGCCAAAGAAAAAAAACGAAAAGAUGAUAUCGAAGCUUUCUGGGAGACAAAGUGCGCAUGAAGACAUUCCAGUCCAUGAAGAGCUUCCCAUUACGUAUGCAGAUAUUAACACAGCAAACAGACCGCAUGAGAUUCCACAUUCUAUGGCUUUAUGUUUUUCCGGUGGAAAGCAAGACGCAGUUCAGAAGUUGCAGAACUGGCUGGUUCCUGGACUUUUCACAAUCUGUCUGAUUCUCCUCGUUACGAUAAUCUCCAUCAGCGUGACGUGCGCACCCAAUGGUGGAAAUUACACAACAUCAAAUAGUGGCAGUUCAGGUUCUGGAGACCAAUCAGACCCCUCUCCUCGGUGUCCCCCAUACUGGGUUGAAGUGGACAAAAAAUGCUAUUAUUUCUCAGAAGACAAGAAGCCUAUGAACAAUAGUAAUAAAAACUGCUCAGACAGCGGCUCCAGACUGGCUACGGUGACAAACAGUGAGGACAGUUUACAGUGGGUUUUACCUAAAUGCUGA